AGACGGCGUUACAGAAAAACACCACCUCUGUCAUCUGCUCCCUUCACCCGACACCCUUGUUCUUGACUCGGGAUCGCCCUGAGGGUCGGCCGCCCGGUUUGCUUCGUCUCGCAGGAAAAUCCUCGAGCCUCUGCCUGGAAACAUCUGAGACAGAGAACAGAUGGCGCUCUGAUUUCUGACAAUUGUGAACAUGUUUCCCCCCCAACUGCGUCUGUGUGUGUUUGUGCUCUUUUAGCUAUCCAGACCUCCGCUCCUGUAGACUAUACACCCUUGGGCCUACUUGCUGCUACGGGUCAGACCCAUAGAGUCAUCAUGGAUUAAAAGCACUGGGAAACGCGCCAUAGGUCCGUCACUCAACGCACUCGGAUCCAAACUAGCUCAACGGGGUGUUGACAGAUCUUCUCUUUUACCGCUGAUCUCAGAGCGGUAUUCCAGAAGCUCUCAUUAUGAUGGGAAUUUGAAUGCAUGUGAGAGCGACUGCUCUGAAACCAGCAUAUAUGGGAGACUAAGCGUGAAACGGGACCGGCGGGACCCACGGGUCAGGGAUGAUGAUGAUGAUGAACUGGCGGAGCCCAACCUCACUGUUUGUCCUGAAAUGGCUCCAACACAUAAAAGACCCUGCAGUAAAGACCUGCAAUGCUGCCCAUGUCUCCUGUCCCUCUCCUGUCUCUACUACUGUUGGCUCUACAGAGCGUCUGGUCAUCUACUCCACAGGAACCCAAAGUUCAAGACUCGCCUCAGCCAGAAAUCUCCAGCUUACAUCACCCCACCUGGAGCCUGGGACUGCAGCUGUACAGGUCGAUCCGCAUCGACGCUUCCAAGACCAACCCCAUCAUCUCCCCGCUUCUGUUGGCCAACUCUCUGCUGGCUCUAGGAGGUGGAGCUAAUGGAUCCACAGUAGCCCAGUUUCAUGAUCUCCUGAGGAUCACCAAAAAUGAGAAAGCGGUUGGAGAAGCUUUGACCAGGGCGCUGAAAUCUGUGCGUGAAGCUAAUGGAACCAGCUACACAUUGCACAGUUCCUCCGCACUGUUUUCCAAACAAGCCCCUGAACUGGAGAAGAGCUUUCUGGAGAAGCUCCAGACCCACUUUGGGUUGCAGCAUGUGGCCCUGGAGGAUGCACAGAAAGAGACUGACAUGGAGAUGCUCCAGUCCUGGGCUAAAAAUGGGAUGGAUGGGGAAGAGACAGCAGCUCUGGAACAAGCGCUCGAGACCAAACCUGGAGCCAUGAUCCUAGCCAAUGCACUGCGCUUUAAAGGAUUUUGGGAUCGAGGCUUUCACCAUGAAAGCCAAGAUUUGCGCAACUUCCUGGGUACCAAAUACUCUAAAGUUCCCAUGAUGCACAGAUCAGGCGUAUACCGUCACUACGAGGACAUGGAGAACAUGGUACAGGUGUUGGAACUGGGCCUGUGGGAAGGGAAGGCCAGUAUGGUGGUGCUUUUGCCCUUCCAUGUGGAGAGUUUGGCUCGGCUGGACCGUCUGCUGACCCUGGAUCAGGUGGAGAAGUGGUUGGGGAAACUGAACUUCACAAGUAUGGCAUUAUCCCUCCCGAGAGCCAAGAUGAGCAGCGCGAUUAAUCUAGAGAAGCAGCUGGCCACAUUGGGUUUGGUAGGCGCGUGGAAAGAGAUGUCAGCUGAUUUCUCCACUGCAUCAACCAUGGGACGGGGGAAGCUCCACUUGGGAGCCGUGCUGCACUGGACGUCCCUUGAACUGGCCCCUGAAUCUGGCAGCAUCGACGGUAUGCAUGAGGAUGAGGACGUGGAGAAGCCAAAAACCUUCUAUGCGGAUCAUUCCUUCAUUAUACUAGUCAGGGACAACAGCAGUGGUGCAUUGCUCAUGAUAGGUGCUCUGGACCACACUGACAGCCCUGCAAUUCACGACGAGCUGUAGAGCCAAAAUACUUCACCUUCUGCUACUGACAGUCCGCUGAAGAGCCAAAAUGGCUGACCUACAGGUAUUGACAAUAAACUGACCCACUUAUCCACUGCAAA